CUGUGUUUAUAUAUAAGUGGCAUUGAAUCGGUUAUAAUAAUCAGAUCCAAUUUCAUAUUGAGAAGCAACGCAGAGAUAAAGCCUCAGACACGUCUCCCUUCUCUGCCCGCCUGGACUUGGACUUUUGGAUUUUCGUUUAAAUGUUUUUGAUCCCUUCUCCCGGUUCAACCCAUUCAAUCUAAGACCAGUCACGAGGUGCUCCCUUAUAUAAGACAUAGGACUCAUAUAAAUCUUAGUCCUCGUACUAUCUCAAGGCCCUUCCUAGACAGCAAAAGUAGAGAGCUUUGGAAAUUUGGAGGUGGGUUUUGAAUUUCAUGGUGAUGAUAAAGAAAGGGGAAGAGAAGAGCAGUGAUUACAGUGCAAAGGGAAUGCGACUGGGAAAAUACGAGUUGGGAAAGACUCUCGGCGAGGGCAAUUUCGGCAAAGUCAAGUUUGCUAAGGACGUCGGCACCGGCCAACCAUUUGCCGUUAAGAUUCUAGAGAAGAAGAGAAUUAACGACCACAACAUCGCCGAUCAGAUUAAGAGGGAGAUUGGCACUUUGAAGCUUCUAAAACAUCCAAACGUCGUCCGAUUACACGAGGUUGUGGCAAGCAAAACCAAGAUUUACAUGGUCCUAGAAUAUGUUACUGGCGGGGAAUUGUUUGACAAAAUUGCACAAAAGGGAAGAGUUACAGAAUCUGAAGGUAGAAAGCUUUUCCAACAGUUAAUUGAUGGUGUGAGCUACUGCCACAACCAAGGCGUUUUCCAUCGGGACCUUAAGCUGGAGAAUAUUCUUGUUGAUUCCAAAGGAAACAUAAAGAUAUCUGACUUUGGCCUUAGUGCUUUGCCCCAGCAUUUUAGGGAAGAUGGGUUGCUGCAUACAACCUGUGGAAGCCCAAAUUACGUAGCUCCUGAGAUCCUCGCUAAUAGAGGGUAUGAUGGUGGCGCCUCUGAUAUAUGGUCAUGUGGUGUCAUCUUAUAUGUCAUUCUAACUGGGUAUCUCCCGUUCGAUGAUAGGAAUCUUGCAGUUCUCUAUCAAAAGAUAUUGAAGGGGGAUGUUCAGAUACCCAAAUGGUUAUCACCUGGUGCUCAAAACUUGAUAAGAAGGGUUCUCGAUCCCAAUCCUCUCACUAGAAUAAACAUGACAGACAUCAAGUCAGAUGAAUGGUUCAAGCAGGAUUACUUGCCUGCAAAACCCGACGAAGAAGAGGAAGAUAUAAAUGUUGAUACCAAAGAUUUGUCAAUAAAUGAAGUGCCAUCUGAAGGGGAGAAGAGUCCAGAUUUGCGGCACUCACCCACCCUUAUCAAUGCCUUUCAGUUGAUUGGAAUGUCCUCAUGUCUAGACCUCUCUGGCUUCUUUGAGAAAGAGGAUGUGUCUGAGAGGAAGAUCAGAUUUACUUCCAACCACUCUGCAAAAGAUUUGCUUGAGAGGAUUGAAGAAAUUGUAACAGAGAUGGGAUAUGGUGUCCAGAAGAAAAAUGGAAGGUUAAAGGUGAUGCAAGAGAACAAGGGGCAGAGAAAUCUGGGUAGCCUCUCAGUUGCAGCAGAGGUGUUUGAGUUAAGCCCCACAUUAUACGUAGUUGAAUUAAGAAAAUCAUACGGAGAUCCUUCUUCAUAUAGACAGUUGUGUAAAAAGCUAUCAAAUGAUUUAGGUGUUCCAUCUAGCCAAGAAUUGUUGGCCAGCGAGGUAUUGAAGUCCAGUUCUUUGCAGAGUCAAACGGCAUAGCAUAUAUACCUCAGGAGAGAUGUACAUAGUAUUAUAAAAAUGUAAAUUCAUUUGUUCAAAUUUAAGUGUUACCAUGUUAGACUGGAUAGAAUUUGAAAUACAUUCAGAAUGCAAGAAGAUUUUCUUGUGAAAGAAUCAGCC